AGCGAGCGUACACCGUGACACUCGUCGCUCGAUGUGCGCGCGCGCAGCCCGCCUCUACAGGUUCUGGAGACUGCGGCGCAGUAAGAAGAUCGGCUUCCUGAGAAGGCUCUUCCGCUAAAAUGAGGAGUGUGCUGUUCAUUGCUGCUGUUGUCCUGGUGUUCCGCCCCUGCUGCAGCAGGUCGGUGGACUCCGAAGAGUCAGUGGUGAGCGUGUACACCACCCAACCAACCACAGUCAGCACUACCAAGCCCUUUGACGUCUACCAUCAGAUUGCCAACAACAUCGCUGAGAGAAUCACUUCCCCUAUUUACAGAUUCCUGGGCAUAAAUCAUACGAAAUCAGAUAACGUGACAACAAAAAAACCCUGGGACAAGAUCGAGCUUCUGGACGAAUCGACAGAAGAUGUCACCAAGAGCGUACUGUCUGCUGUCGACAACGAUAUCUCAGGGGACAGAGACGUGGAGGAGCUUUCAGUCGAAGCUUUGAAGAAAGCAGAGAAGAAACCGGAGAAGAUUGUGUUAUACUCUAGUUAUUUACCAGCGAAGCAAAUUUUAGAGCGAAAUGACACGGUCAAUGAAAUCGAUGAUGACGGCGACGAUGAGCUCGAUGAUUUCGAUGAUACCGACGAGAAACCCAGACAGAAUAAUUUCAUUUUUAUUUUAGAGCUUUUAGGUAGCAUCGUGCAGUUAGUUUGGGGCGGACUGGUUGCUUUCUUUAAACCAUCAAAUAAUAAUGCGAGUUAGUAUUCCUUUUAGAUGAUACAGGGCCGUAGCUAGACCCAAGUUUAAGGUAGGGCAAAAGAACUUUUUGCUAGGACAGAGGCCAUAAUUAAGUGACUUCGAAGAAGCGAAUCUGUCUAAUUUUCUUAGGGCCUUUAUUUUAAGGCAGGUCACUGCCCCUCAAUGCCUUACCCUAGCUACGGUCACGGUGAUAUUUAAUAUAUAAUAUAAUGUAGUCUUCUAGGAAUUGCUUACUUUUACUAUAAUAUUUUAUUAGUGUAUAAAUGUGAAAUUUAUAAUAUAUAUAGAAAACUUGGAUACUUAAUAUUCGCACGCCAUUUGAUGUGGCGAAACAUAAUGAACAUAUUGUGACAUCGACAAAUGUAAUAUUUUAUCAACAAUAUUUCUGGCUGAUCAAUUUCAUUCCAUUUCAUUUCAACAAUGAUAUUGCCUUGUAAUUUUAAUCCAUUGAGUUCCAGACAUCAUACAUACAUACAUAUCUGUCACGCCUGUCUCCCAUUAGGGUAGGCAGAAACAAUGGAACGCCAAAUGCUUCGAUUCAAACAAACCUCUUUCGCUUCCUCCACAUUCAUCAAUCUUUUCAUACACGCUCGCCGGUUACGGGGUACUUUUAAUUUGGCCCUUCUUCAGCACGUCGCCUAUUUGGUCGACAUAUGUCCGUCUAGGGCGGCCCCUACCGACAUCUCCAUUCAUUCUUGCUCGAUAAAUCCAGAUAUCAAUUUUUAAUUUAAUAAAGAUUUACUUAUUAUUUAUUAUUUAUUAACUAUUUAUAAUUUAAUAAAGAUACAUGUAAAUAACACAAGAAAAAUAGAACGACGUCUCUAACAAGCAGAGUUUUAGAAAUUACAAAAAAAAAAUAUUCGGAAACAAACUGAGAUAUGGCUCAGUGUAAUGAAAGCAAUCCCUAAUUGCGAUAAUAAUGAAUAAAUGUUUAUUUUUUAUAGAAAUACAAUAUUUAUUAUUUCUGCGUUAGGACGAUUUAUCUGUACUUGGUAUUAUAACAAAAAUACUGUUUACAGUCUAGUUUGUGUAAGAAUGAAUACAUUUUUGUACCUACAUAAGGUAAAUUUAUUUCAUUUAUGGUUAUAUAAAUAUAAUAAAAUUGUAACUAAUCGACGUUUGUAAAUUAAAUAAUAGUAUAAAUCGAAUAUGUUAAUUAGGCUAAUUCUUUAAGACAACCCUUUAAAAGCAAGAGUUAGAAGCAAAAACAAUGACUUACAGAAUUGUUUUAUUUUUUAAUUAACUAUUUAUGUUAAUUUUUAUUACCCACUUAUUUAAUUUCUAAAUGUUUAUUUUGUUUACUUUUGUUUAUUUAUUGUUGUUUUAUUUAAUUACGUAUAAUUUUGAAAAAUGUUUCAGGUAUCUGAUGAAUGUUUUUAGUUUAUACGUUUUUUUUUACAUGAGUCGAAAAAUUAUAAAAGAUUAGAGCUUUUUAUAGUAAACUAUGCCCUGUGGCAAUGAAAGAGCUCAACCAUUGAUUUUCGACUGGUAUCUUUUUAGAAAAAAAACAUUUAAUUUGACGUAUAAACCUAAACUGAUGAUAAUAAAUAUCGAUUCCGACUGUUUUGUACAUAAAAAGUUGUACCUACAUAAUAUAUAAUGCAUAUAUGUGUGCCAUAGUAAAUAAAAAAUAUAACAGGAGUGAAAAAUAAA